GUGAUUCAGUGAGAUGGCUCAUCAAAUCAAUGGUUCUACUGUUCACUGCCCCUCUUUUCCGGUUAUUACGGUACAGCAGCAGCCGCAGUCAUGCGCUGAUGUUUAUCCCUGCCUGGGUUCCGCUGCACAGCCGCUCUGGACUGAUUUCACCUCCGUAACAGGAGCCCGAAAUAGCCGAUCGCUCCUUCCAGGUAUGUAAGCAGAAAUCUCAACCAGAAAUGGGAAAUAUUAAAGUACGUCAUUAUCGAAAAGCUUUGAAAAACGCAUUCUGCCUUUGCGCACCGCUACUGCGUUUUUUCCUCUAAUGCGUAAAAGUAAACUGAAUUUGGCUGCAGGAUGCAGUUGUAUGCCUGAAACAGAGGUGCCAUUAUAAUGUAUUCUUAAAAAGCGCGUUAGUGGAAGCUCCGUGGGAUUUACUGCUCUUCUGUUUCUUGGUUUUUGUCUUUAUUUUCUCCUUCGAGGUCGCGUCAUCCUUCUAAUGUGAAUAUCUGAUUCGCUCCUCAGCUCCACUUCCUGCCAAGUCAGAAAGGAAAGGGAUUCAAAAAGGGCCUCGCGGUUCUGAUUCUGGUUCAGAUCAAGGGGUUGACGCCGACUUACUUGCCGAGUUGAAUCCACAGACGUCUGGGUUCAUGCCGGAUUUUGAGCAUUUCAGAUUUUCCUACUCAAGAAUGAAUCCUGUCCUGGGAGAGAGCGGCUUCCUGGCUCCGCAGCAUCAUCAGAUGACGGGCCAGAGCGAGGCGGCCAUCCCGGAGCCAGGUUACAUCCUUGGGGACAGCGGAGGAUUUGGGCCCGAUGGCUUCUACGGGCUGGAUCUGGGUGUGCUGCCGCCGUCCUCCAGCCAGGCCUACUUGCACCUGAGCAGUCCCCUGCACCGGGUGCCCCCUGCGGCCACGGCGCUGCGCAACGACCUGGGCUCCAACAUCAGCGUGCUGAAGACCCUGAAUCUGCGGUUCCGCUGCUUUUUGGCUAAGGUGCACGAACUGGAGCGCAGGAAUAAGGUUCUGGAGAAGCAGCUGCAGCAGGCCGUGGAGAACAGCAGCGGAGGAGAGGGGCAUCACAAGCCACUGACCAAAGACACGGGGGUCCAGACUGGAUUUAUCGGACCAAUUCCAUCCCGGCCGAACUGCAUCCCGCUCCAUAAUUCGGCUUACCUACCUGGCGGCCUCCUCUCCCCAACCCUGAAACCCCCUCCACUCCUGGGAAACAACCUGAACACUGAUUCGAACUCCAACCUCACCUCGUUGGGUCUAGCGCAGAGUCCGAGCGACUCGAGCAGAACCGCGACCAACAUCAACGAAAAGCACUCGGCCUACAGCAGGCCGGCCCCCAGCACCACGCUGCCACCACCGCCGCGCUUCAUCCCCGGAACCAUCUGGUCCUUCAACCACACCCGCCGCUUCGGCCUGGGCAGGGAGUCGUGCGUCACGGCGGGGCCCGGCACCUCCUGGCCGCACCCGGACGGCAUCGGGGUCCAGAUUGACACCAUCACGCCUGAGAUCAGAGCUCUGUACAACGUGCUGGCCAAGGUGAAGAGGGAAAGGGACGAAUACAAGCGGAGAUGGGAGGAGGAGUAUGCAGCCAGGAUGGAUCUGCAGGAGAGGGUGGCUGAACUUGAGGAGGACCUGCAGGAGAGUGAAGUGUGCCAAGAUGAGCUGGCUCUCAGGGUGAAGCAGCUCAAGGCAGAGCUUGUUCUUUUCAAAGGACUUGUCAGCAACGUGAGUGACCUGUCUGAUUUAGAGUGCAAGAUUCAAGAAAAGGCCAUGAAGGUGGACAUGGAUAUCUGCCGGCGUAUUGACAUCACAGCUCGCCUGUGUGACGUUGCCCAGCAGAGGAACUGCGAGGAUGUCAUUCCCAUCUUCCAGGUACCCACUCCCCCGUCAGCGUGCAGCCGCCGCACCAGGAAGCCGAGCGGGCAGUCACAAAAGAGCGGGGACGGAGACGAACUGAGCGUGUCGGAGAGCGAGGGGGGCGGAGCCAGAGACGAGGAGUCCAGCAGCACGUCGGCCAGUCUGAUAAACGAGCAGAUGCAGAAGAUGCUGAAUCACCUGAGGGAGUGUGAGUUUGAAGAUGACUGUGACAGUCUGGCCUGGGAGGAGACUGAUGAAACUCUUCUACUGUGGGAAGAUUUUCCUGGAUGCACACUGGGAGUUGAAGCACAGGGAGAGCAGGAUGAGUCCAUUGAGAAGGUGAUUAAAGACACAGAGUCCAUGUUUAAAUCUAGGGACAAAGAAUACCAGGACACUAUUGACCAAAUAGAGCUGGAGCUGGCCACAGCCAAGAGUGACAUGAACCGCCACCUGCACGAGUACAUGGAGAUGUGUUCCAUGAAGCGGGGCCUGGACGUCCAGAUGGAGACGUGCAGGAGACUCAUCACGCAGAGCGGAGACAGAAGAUCCAACCCCGUCAUCAUACCGACAGCUGAGGACUCUGAAAAGGAGGAGAAGAAGGAGAAUCCAACUCUACCUGCUAACCCGGAGAGCAGUAGUUCCUUUUGCAACAUCAACGCUGGCAUCCCGCCUGUGAACUGGAGAAAACCCUGACACUCAUUCCCAACCUGCCGGUUCUUCCCGUAGUGCUCCGGGACCACUGAAAACAACACCAACGCAGAACUUCCACACAUCGUAAAAUGCAUGAUUUUUGUUGACCUUUCGAAAGACGUUUAAAGGGGAAACAGCGUCUUUGGCAUUUCUGAAAACAUCCUACGUACGUCUGGUACCACAUGGCCAGAAAAAUCAGCCAAAGCAACGAGAGGGAAGACAACAGCAGGCCCUUGAGUUUUGUUUUCUGUCUAAAGCAGAAGGAAAAUAUUCUCCAGCGACUUUCAGAAGCGACAUUUAGUCCCAUUCAGUGUCAUUCAGAGAGAAAAUGUACGCACCGACUGAUCAGUAUACCGCUGCCCUCGUGUGGUUACCUACAGUAAUUACAUUUAAAAGACAAAAACGCUACAUUUAAAAAAAAGAUUCACUGGCUUUAACCUCUGUACGAUGAAAACGAUGCACAUUAUUUUGCACAAUAAUGAUUGUUUAGUGUGGGAGCCCAUUUUUUGCACAGUCAGUAAAAAAAGGCUUUUCAGCAGCAGUAUAAAAUAGAGCAGCAAUAAGGCUGAGACGAAUGUAGUUUGUACACCUCAAUUAAAAUUAAUAUAUAAAAAUACCCCUAAUUUUUCUCUUUUCUUAUAGCAUUUAUUUUUUUAUUUCAAAUUUGUUUUGGAAUGAUAUUCCUUUCCGGGUGUGAGCUCUGGAAAUGUCUCCUAAGUCAGUAAAUACAGUUAAAAAUACCAAUUGCAAUUUGUUCAGCGUUAAGAUAAGAAAUUCCUUUAUUGUCCCACAUUGGGGAAAUUCGGGCGUGACCUUAGAAAAGACACUUAACGAAAGUAGACGUUAAUUAUUAAUGAAAUAAACAUUAAGAUGAAGCAUAUUAAAAGCUUUAUCUGUAAGGAUUUGAUUUAUAUGGACAUCCUUGAUAAAAAAAAAGCCAUUUUUUAAUAUAUAUUUUAUCCCAUCUUUCCUCUUAGGCGGAGCUGAUUCUUAAUCGUUUUCUGAGAUGCGGUUACUUAUGGCAGGUUUACUUCUGAAGAUUUCUUUGUAGGUUUGCCAUAUAGAUGUAGCCCACUUGCUUUGGGUAAAACUAGACGUUGCACAUCAUUAGCAAACUCUCUGAACAUUAAAGGAAACGAGUAAGAGAUUCAACUUCAUUUUAUUUACGAAGAGAAACAAAAGCCAUACUUUCUAACAAAAAUCUGACUGAAAACACUUUUUUUAGUUUUUUUUAUUAUUUUUAUUAUUUGAAGCAUAUUUAAGCCCAAUAAAUGUUUAUACAUGAAAACAAUUACCUAUAACUUAAUGACUUACGUUUAUUUGGUAUAUUGAGUUUACUGCAAAACUGCACAAUUUGGUAAAAUAAUUAAAAAAAAAUAGUUUUGUAGCUACUAGACCUGAUGGGACGGUUUAGACUGCAAGAGGCUUGUCUUUGUGUUCAGAUCUGCAACCAGGAUUAGGAGUAAAUCCAUAAUUUGUUGAUUUUACAUGCCAGGCGUUGUCUGACCUGUAAAUUGCCCAUUUUUUGUGCAGAGCUGUAUUAUUGUAUUUGAUCCAAACACUGUGUACGAUGCUGACCAGUUAAUGCUGCAAGCUUUGUGUCUCAUGAUGUAAAUGUUGCUGAUUUUGAAUGCAGUUUUACUUUUUUGUGUAAAUGGCCAAAAACGAUGUUAUGAAUUGUUUAGAUCCUAACAGCAAAGCUGGUGUCAGAGUGAUAUACAAAUAGGCUAUUUUAGUGAAAAUUAAUUUCAAGAACAAAUGAAUGAUCAAAGUUAUGGGCAUAAAUAAUAAUCAUAAUAUUUAUUAUUAUGAUUAUUAUUGUUUGUGUUGGGGAGUUCAGUUAGUUUUUGGUUUACUUAGCUGAAACAAUUGCUGGUUUA